AUGCGUGAGGCUCUUGCCGUUGCCUACACUGAUUGUCGUCCACCGGAAGAUUGUACCGUCGUUGUCGAACCCCGGAUCGUCUCCGAACAAGACUUAGUCCACGACGAAACACUUAGUCCCUUCCAAAACAUUGUCGUUGCCCGUACUCUAGCUACAUGGCACGCUUCCGAUGGAUCUGUCGUUGUCCAAAUCGCCAAUCCUUCUGCCGAUGGCGUCCGUCUUUAUGAUGGCCUAUGUCUUGGUCAAUUGUCCACAGUGACUAUCACUGAACCCGACCAACUCCAUGUCAAUUCUGUCGCGAACACACCCGUCACUGACGACGAAAUUCGCCACGCCAAGUCCGAACUCGAAGAGCCUCUGUCCAAGGCCUUCGACAACACAACGCUCACCAACGAGCAACAACAAGCUGUCCUCGACUUGUGCGCAAAAUACCGUCCUGUCUUUUCUCUGUCAAUGUCCGAACUCGGCCGCUGCACCAUUGCAGAAGCCACGUUCCCCGUGCCGCCAGGCACGCGUCCUGUCGAUCGUCCGCCGUACCGUCCGAAUCCCCGCGUAGCCACUGUCUCCGACAAAUGUGUCGCCGAAAUGCUCGAAUGGGGUAUCAUUGAAAAACGGCCCAGCGCAUGGGGAAGCCCAUGCACACUUGUCGCUAAAAAGAACGGCAGUCCCCGUUUCUGCGUCGACUACCGCCACACCCUCAACCGCCACAUCGUCCGUAAAACCUGGCCCAUGCCUAACCUCGAGUCCUGCCUGGAUGCCGUCGGCCAAGCUCUCUACAUCACCGUCGCCGACAUCCUCAGCGCCUUCUGGCAGAUCCCCGUGGCAGAGGAGCACGUCGACCGUACUGCAUUCGUCACCCCUACCGGCAAGUACUGUUUCAAGCGUAUGCCGUUUGGAGUAGCGAACGCACCGUGGCUUUUCCAACAUGUCAUGUCUCUAGCUCUAGGUCAUCUAGGUCCAGACUCUGGUGUUCUUUCGUACAUGGACGAUUUGAUCUGUAUCAAUCACACGUUCGAAGCUCACCUGUCAUCUCUCGAGAAAAUGUUCGCAGCAUUGCAAGCAGCAGGGCUCACGCUCAAACCGUCGAAAAUUCAAUUCGGUCAGAAAGAAGUCGACUAUUUGGGUCAUGUCAUCUCCGCAAAAGGUAUCUCUGUCAGCACCGACCGUAUCGAUGCCAUUCGCAACCUGCCCACUCCCACCUGCAUCAAAGAUCUCCGAUCUGUCCUAGGCAUGAGAGUCCUGUCCUCUACACCUGUCCUCCACUUUCCCGAUUUUUCUCGAGAAUUUGUCGUUCACACCGACGCCUCUGAACAAGGCGUAGGCGCUUUCCUCGCUCAACCAUCCCGUGAUAGUGCCGACGGUAAAGAACUCGAUAUCGUCGCGUUUUACAGCAAACGUUUUUCUAAGGGCCAACGCCAUUACAGCGCUACCAUGAAAGAAUGCAUUGCGGUUGUCUGGGCCCUCACCCACUGGCGCCCGUACCUUUGGGGCCGCCAUUUUACGUGUAGCACUGACCAUCAAGCGCUUACGUAUCUGUACCACAUGCAAGACACGUCCAACAUGUUGACGCGCUGGGCUAUCGCACUCCAGAACUACGAUUUUACUGUCAAACAUAUGCCGGGGAAACUCAACGUUGUCCCCGACGCUCUGUCCCGUUUUUUUAGCGAGGUUAACGGCGAUCAUGUGCCUUCCGAACCGCGCCUUGCGGCUAUCUGUCGCAACGUGCCCGACGAUAAACCAUUUUGUCCCCUGUCCCUCGCGAUUACGAACACUGACCAUCAAGCGCUUACGUAUCUGUACCACAUGCAAGACACGUCCAACAUGUUGACGCGCUGGGCUAUCGCACUCCAGAACUACGAUUUUACUGUCAAACAUGUGCCGGGGAAACUCAACGUUGUCCCCGACGCUUUGUCUCGUAUUUUUAGCGAGGUUAACGGCGAUCAUGUGCCUUCCGAACCGCGCCUUGCGGCUAUCUGUCGCAACGUGCCCGAUGAUAAACCAUUUUGUCCCCCUGUCCCUCGCGAUUACGAAGUGUCUUCAUACAACCUCGAUGAAACCGCGCUCGUCGAAAGCGACCGCGAAUUAUUUUCGAGUGCUGUCUCCGUCUUCCCGGUAGUCGAUUCUGUCAAGCUGUUGGAUCACCAAAAACGCGAGUUCCGCCAGUAUUUCGAUUACCUUGCUUCUCCCGCAAAAUCCCCUGUUCCCUCGAACCAGUCUAAGUCUAGCAUGAGCAAAUUUUUCCUUCAUGAAGGUUUGCUUUGUCGUUCGUACAUCCCAGCCCACCUACGUCGUCGGGCUCACUUCCGCGAUCCACUCGUGCUCCCGUCCUCACUACGAACCCUUGUCAUCUCCUCAUGCCAUGACCUACCCUCCUCUGGAGGCCACCUAGCCUUCAAAGAUCUUGUUGAAUACAAGUCACUGUCCGAAGGAAACCGCUACAUCCUGUCUGUCAUCGACCAUCUCACGCGCUUCGUCAUAUUGAUCCCAAUCAAAUCAAAAGAAGCCACUGUAGUAGUGCGUAACCUUGUAGACCGCGUCUUUUCGGUGUUUGGUCCGCCGGAAACUCUGCACUCUGAUCAAGGCAAGGAAUUUGAAAACCGGCUUGUGAAAGAACUGCAGUCUGUCUUUGGGUACAAGAAAACCCGUACCGCCGCGUAUCGUCCUCAAGGUAACUCUGUCCUUGAGCGUGUCCACAGUACCGUCCACAACAUGUUCGCUAUGUACCGCAACCUGGCUUGUGAUAAUUGGUCGGAACUGUUGCCGUUUGUCCAACUUGCGCAUAAUACCGCGUACUCCACGACCCUACAGGAGACUCCUCAUUAUCUCAUGUUCGGUCGCGCGGCCAAACUUCCGGUCGAUCUCAUUCUCGGUGUCCCCUCUACUCCGGCUCCCCAGAGCCGCCUCGAUUACUCACGCCGUACCGUCGAGAAUCUCCAACUAGCGUACGAGUUAGCUCGCCGCAACCUCAAAGAACGCUCAUCUAAACAAGCGGAUGCGAAUGAGAAACUGUCCUUCCCUAGCUUUAAGUUCGGUGACCAAGUACUUGUCCAUCGUCCGUACACCGAAUCGGCUGGACCCAAUCCCAAGCUCAUUAGCCCUUGGCAUGGUCCGUACACUGUCCGGGCCCAACUUUCGCCCGUCAUCUAUCGUGUCUCGAAACCUAACGAGCCGACCGAAACCACCGUCCAUCUGGGUCGCAUGAAACCGUACAUCGCCCCUACUUCGUCUCCGGUCCCGGACCCUGAAACACUCGAUGAACUGUUUUUAGGAACAACUCUCCCGUUGCCGGAUCUCGAUGGUUCCACAACCGCCGUCACCCUCGGUCCGUACACCAUCGAAUUUAUCGACGGUCAUAAACGGGGGGUAGGAGCAGCCUCGCUGGACAACUUCCAGUACCACCUCAAGUUGAAAGACUACUCGUCACAAUUGGGUCUCUGGCGCCACUACCGUGCUAUUCCCCAAUGUGCCGAAAUGAUUGCAUCCUACCGCGCCGAAAUCUUGUCCCAAGAUCCCUCAGCAUUUUCCCCACCUCGGAGGAACGUCCGUUCAUCCUCCGCCGCUAGCACUUAAUAUGGGCUUACUGUCUGCGCAAUCUUGUCCAGCACCGUUUGUUAUAAUGGUCUGCCGUCCACCAAUCCAUCGGUUUGGCAACAACCUUUGGUCGACGCCCGCGUGCUUGUGAUGUCUUUUGUCUGAUUUCAUUUCUUAUUGCUGCGGCAAUAUCGAGUAUUAGCAUGUUUUCCUGUGCGUACUCGGGGGUUCCGUACCCACAUGGCUUUUCUCCUGGUGCCCAUGAUUUUUCAUUUGGGACCCGUGCGAAGUACCGCGCACGCCUUGUCGUUAUUAUAUUUUGUUUUAGUUCCCGGCCGCAUGUUUCCACGCCGCCCGGCAACUUCAUUGAUGUGUAUUCUUGUCCCGUUGGUUAACGUCCCGUGGUUCGACUUCGUUACAUCACUUGACGCCCCGCAUCGUUUAUAUGCGCUAGAGCACUCGCACUGCCAGUAAGAUGGGCGCCAUUUGGUAUUCUACUCCGUCUCCACGCGACGUACCGACACAGGCUUGCCUGCCAUUUUCUUCUAGUGUGAAUCGAGCGGUUGGUACCGCCACUCUCCGUGUCUAUGAUGGUUUUGGUGCGUGUAUUGUCUCCCGCGUUGUCAUGGUGUAUUCCACCCGAUUUUUUUUUAUGUCGGGACCCAUGCCCACUCUGCUUUCGUCGUUGCUAUUGUGUCAUUUGGUACUACUUGCAGCUUAGCGGAUGGGGGGUCACCAGAGACCAACGACGGACGAUUAAUAAAAACACGAUUUCAAAACACCUUUGCCUCCAGGGUAUCACACGCCCUUGUCUUAUCCAGCCUCGCUUCUCUCCGAUCUCGGACAAGCAUCGCUGAUGACGACUGCUUGCCGCAAUAUGUACAUACCGAUGAAUUCGAUUCGUCCUGUGUUCCAUCAAUUUUCGGCCUUGCGACAAUCAGUCUGUUUUUCUUUGUCAUGUCCAACGUCAAUACACGUCUGUCCUGUCUCCCGUCAUUGUUGACGCAAUGCCUAGCUUGAUAACCCGCAUUUCGUUAUGCGCAAGAGCUCUGACCAGCCUACAAGAUGGUUGUUAACUAGCGCACUGUAUCACCGCAAUGAUGUAGCCAUGCUGUCUAUGUCUCACUUCGGUGACCUCAUGUGCCCUGUCGCGUGCCAUAUCUUGUCUGGCCACGGUACGCAACGUUGCCCUGCACAUGCUUGUCUCCCAGGAUCUUCCCUCACUACUGUGAUAUGUAAGUAAAUACACGGAUCAUAGUAUGUAUAUGUCGCGACUAAAAAUAUUUUUGUCUUGUACGAGUCAGCCCUGCAGGCCGCAACGCAGAAAUGCAUUGCGAUGUACUCCGUACUCCCGAUCACUCUGUCCUUAUCGAUCCUGUGAUAAUUUUGUCUGUUGCCCAAACACUAACAACGGUGUUUUUGUCAACCACGGUACAUGUCCCGUUCACGGCUUUACCUCCGGCACUGCUGUUGUCCGUACAUCCAUGUAUGUGUCGUCGUUAAAUUGACGUUGAGUGAAGUAAAUUUAAUGUAAGUAAGCUUAUUGUCAGCGAACCAGAACUCCUCGCUGUUGAGUUUUGGUGGAGUACGAGCUCUAACACCACCAA